AUGCGGUUUAUGUACCCAUUAUCUUAUCUGAAGAACUCGAAAUAUAUAGCGUCUGACUAUUUCAUUGAUUUGAUGUGUUUACCCAAAACACUGGCCAUUCUUAACAUUGCGAUGCGUUUGCUCUCAUACGACAUCUUCACCAUUGAUUUGAUCCGUUGGGCAAAUGACGGACGCAUUCCGUACCAGAACUGCAUGACAUGUUUGCCCGAAGAGUGGCUUUUCAUAUCCAAUGACUUUCAUACGUUCACCUCUUCAUUCAUUCCCUCCUAUCAGACAAUCAACACAUUGUCGGCAAAGAUAGCCAAACAUAUCGGUGUGAAGACGUUUCCCAGACCUAACUUAGAGAAUCUGUUGAUCAGAUUUGCCAAAGACUUGAAUUUACCCAAAGAUAUAGUUUCGGUGAUUGAAAACAAUUACAAUCUUUACGAACACUUUUCGAGUAGAUUAGAGCGAAUGGCUAUUAAUAUGCGUAAAGUUAGCACAUUUCCAGCCUAUGAGAGAUGGGCUCUAAUGGCUAUCGUUUUGGUACUCAAACGCAUAUUUCUUCUCAACGACUCGUCUGAGAAGCGUUUGAGUCAUUACUCAAGAGAUUUAAACCAAUACUUUAAUUGGUAUGAAUGGGAACAAUAUUCACGCGUUCGGCUCGAGUUGAUUACGUCUUAUACCACAUCCCUGUAUGGCUGCAAAUUUGAAGAUAUAAAAGAUGUGGAUGUGAUUGUCGAGCAUUCGCUUAAACGCUCUGAUUAUGAAAUGACAAAAACCAUUGAAUGCAUCAAAAGGGGUUAUAAAUACUAUGACUUUCGGCAAGAUUUGCGACAGGAGUAUAAAUCUUUGCUUCUGAAUGAAAACGACUCUCACGACAGUCAGUCGACUGAAUCAGUCUAUCAUUCAUUAUAUCCGUUAACGACUGCAACAGAAUUGGCGUUAAAACGGGUCACUUCUCCCGCUGUGAAGGAAGUGUUGUCCACUAAUUUUGAAGACAAAUCACUGAGCGGUUGGACGUGUAGUCACGGAAAGGUAUUUCAUAGAGGCUAUGAUUUCUUACACAAAGAUCCCAAACAGUGGUCCUCAACGUUCAAACUGCUGAUCCGUUUGAGUUGUAUAAUACUCUGCUGUCGGACCAAAGAUCUCAUACCAAUCAUCAAUAGAAUGGAAACAAUAUAUUUCAGUAAUAAAAGCAUGAAAAAGAAAUUUAAACGUUAA